AUGUCAGCAGGUGUCCCAGUACGACUACUAAACGAAGCUCAGGGCCACAUAAUAACCAUCGAACUAGUCAAUGGAGAUACCUACAGGGGAAAAUUGUUGGAAAAUGAAGAUAAUAUGAACUCAUCACUAUUUGACGUUACGAUAACUAAUGGACGCAAUGGGUCAGCUAAACAUAUGGACCAGGUGUUUAUUAGGGGUAGUAUGAUUAGGUUUGUUUCGGUGCCUGAUAUUUUGAGACAUGCGCCGAUGUUUUAUAUGAAGCCGGGUGAUAAACCUAAACCACCCAUUAGAGGACCACCGAGGAAGCGGAGAAAGGUUUAG